CGCGUCGUCUGCUACACAGUGCCUCACUAUCACUAUCACUGUAGUGCUAACUCACUAACUCACUAGUGCGAUGCCGGUGUGAUAUACAUGUGCUGCAGACGAUGAGAGUGAACCAUGACCUCAGCAACAUCACGAUACUUUCCGUUUGAGAUGAAGUUUAUACUUCUCAUCCUGCCAGUCGUGGCAGUCGCCACUUCCAGUCUACCUCCAGAGCCAGUGGCACACCUGACACCUCCACAACCCAGCUCUCCACUGGAUACGCUCAUCAGGAGGCCGAGGAACGACUCUUCAGCAAGUCCAAGUUCCACACCUGACAGUGAUCAGAAGCCAGAGGCUCAUCAGCAAGAAGCCAGGGCCAUCCUCUGGGCAGCACCUACCAUCCCCAUCUUGUCUAGUCACCGAGGAAGGUCCUCAGAAUGCAACCCUUGUGAUCGUGUACCCUGGGUGCCCAUGGCCCGGGCGCUCAAUACUGGUACACAUCAGUAUGCUCUCUCUAUACCCACCAUUCAACUAACCCUGCCUGUCAACUACGGGCUGCCAAUGGGUCAGAUGAGACCCCCGCAAUAUGGUCCACCACCUCCUCAAAAUGGACCACCACCUCAACAACCUCCACCACCCCAAUAUGGACCACCACCUCAACAUUCUCCACCACCACCAUCACAAUAUGGACCACCACCUCAACAUUCUCCACCACCACCAUCACAAUAUGGACCACCACCUCAAAAUUCUCCACCACCACCAUCACAAUAUGGACCACCAACAUCACAAUAUGGACCACCACCUCAACAUUCUCUACCAUCAAAACCUCAAUAUGGACCUCCACCUCAAAAUCCUCCACCUCCAUCAUCACAAUAUGGACCACCACAGAAACCUCCAAACCAGUAUGGCCCCCCUACAUCAGGUGGUGCUAAGGUCAAUGGCCCUCCAUCUAAUCACUAUGGGCCACCAGACAAUGAAAAGGAUGGACUUCCACCUCCUCCGUUACCUCAAAGGUUCUUAUCACCAUCACAACCAUAUGGUCCACCGCAACCACAGACUCAACACACGUCAUCAUCAAACAACAAUCCGACCACCCUUAAAGUUGUCCCUCCAUUGGGGCCAUCUUUACCAAAUCAACAACUACUCCCUGCGAUUAAGUAUGGUCCUCCAUUCAACACAAACGUUUCUCCCAAACAACCUCCUGUUUCCCAGCCACAAAGCAGUCCAAAGCCCUCAGCUCCAGUGAACAUGACACCACCACCUUUAUCAAUCAACAACAGACCUCAUCAAUACAGAGGGGAACUUGACAAGCGACCUUCAUUUGGACAGAAUCCAAUACCAUUCCCUUUUAUGAGCAAAUCUCCUUUACCUCCGCUAUUUAACUAUCAAACAUUUAAUGAUGGGAAACAGGACCAACUGCACCCUUUCCUUCAACCUCCAAAGCCACAAAAUGUUGUUGUUACAAUAACUGAAACUGAAGACAAUUGUAAAAAGUGUCUUGAGCACAGUCAGCCUGAUUCAGAACCUGCACCUGCUGAACAUGUAACUGAAAAUGUAAUCAAGAGCACGGAGAAUUUUAGAGAUCAACAGAAACCGAACGUACAAGUUGUCAAAAGCGUUCCUUUAGCUGAAUACCUGGCAUCAGUAGAAUAUCCAAUGCAAAUUGUUCAAGCGCCUAUCUUGGAUGUUCCUGAUCUGACAAAGUACUUUGACCUUGGUUACCACAACUUCCCUCAAUUUUACAAUCAAAAUCAAAAUCCAUCUAAUUUUUACACUCAACCAAAUCCAAUCUAUGUCAAUCAUAAUUUACACAAUACGAAUGGAUCAUCUACGCUUUACAGUUCUACAACAGGACUGGACAACGUAGAACUCUCCGACAACCAAUUACAAACAACAAACAGCAUCCCACACAACCAUAAACCUGAUGAGAAUGUUCUUGGUAAGAACCAAGAGACAACUGAAAAAGGUUUUACCAGUUCAUCUUUCCUUCCAACUACAGUAACUCAAAAGCUCACCACAAGACCAAGCCAAAUUUUUCACAUCAGUAAAAAACCAAGCACAAUUCCACAAACUUCCACAUCGACAACAACCAAGUUUUCAACAUCACAAGGAUUCUCAACAAGCGGACAUUAUGUAACGUCAAGUCCAACAACUGAAGGGAAGAUAAGUCCUAAACCUACGUAUGAAACAUUACCUCAUUCUUUACAGGAUCAAAUAUUGUCUGCUAAACCAGAAGGUAGUAUUCCACCAGUUCCCUCAGAUCUGCGGUUCCUCAACCCUCCGCCAGUAGGAUCAGGUGCCAUAAGUGACUGGACUCUUCACUCUUAUGGAAGAGGCUGGGGAACAACUCCUCCACAACCAUUUGCAGUUCCUACUCCGUCCCCUCAGAAUCCCAGGUUUGCUAUUAGACCGACACCAGCUCCGUCCAAGAAAGGGAAAUUGAUUCAUCAAAUAAUUGUUCCAUACACCACAAAUAAACAUCAGCCAUCAACUUUGGCAGGAGAUCCACAAAAAAACGUCGGUUGGACUCCUUUACCACCAACCAGUCAAGGGAGGAAAGUGCCAUCUUAUGUACCUUUUGAAAGUCAAUUUUCAUCAACAACAGGAUUAGAUCAGCCACAACAGAACUUGUUCCCGAGUGGGAAUUUCCACGUUAGUUCAAAUGUUCCACUAAGUGCUUCGGGUUCAGAUAACUUGGCAUCUCAGCAAAUACCACCUUCAGGGAAUGGUCCACUCGUCAACUUACCUCCUCAUGUCAUAAACCAAAUCUUGCAUCUAAACCAACCGGGAACAUGGCCUUCUGGUCCAGAGGAGCUGCAGCAACUCUUAGUGUCAAACCUCCAAGGUCUCUUAAGAGGCGAAGAAGACUCAGUUGACAUUGCCCGAUUGCAAAAGAAUAUCGACAACUGGACUGCAGAGGGUUACAAGCAAAAUUCGCCUUCUGUAAACUUCAUCCCUGUCACCCCCAUCACUCAUAUUUUUAAUUCUAAGAAGAUUCCUGACGAAUACCUUACAUCCACAGAGCCUUCGACUUCUUUCAAUACAUCACAGGAACACUAUGAAACUUACAGACACAACUUUGAUUCUGAUCACGAGGGCGCUGAAAGUCAAAAGCAUCAAGUCAAAGUGCAUCCUGAGACUCAUUCCAAGGACGUUGACCAGUCUGAGGACACAACCGAAACUGUUGAAUCUCUCUUGAACUCUUGGUCUUUGCUGGAUACCAAGAUGGCUGCACCUUCAUCUACGACAGAAGAGAUAGUCACCCAAGAGUCCCAAUCCACUGACGCCACCUCCAAAGUGUGGGAGAAGAUACAAGUAUCUAUAUCACCCCUCACCAAUGAAAAGGUGUAUGUAGUGACUCCUGUUCCUGUAGCUGCUGGGGCAGAGCCCGAGUCCUCCACGACAGUUUUAUCCACAAGGGUAGAACGGUCCUACUCCGUGGUCGGGGCAGAGACCCCGUCAUCCCUGGGUGAUGGGAAGAUCUCUAACAAGCACUGACGAGACUGAUAGAGGAAACAUAACCUGGUCUUGGACUGAUUAUUCCAGAAGAAACUGUUUUUGUAAGAAGCUAAACUAGCAUAAUGUGCCUCAAGUAUUUUGUACAAGUAUUUGAAAUUCAUGUUGUAAAUAUUUAGCCUAAAGAUUUUCGCUUAGUUUAUUUAUUGAACUGUAGUUGUAAGUUUUAACCCUGCCUAAUAUCCCCCAUUAAUGUGAUUCAUUUUAGAACUUUUAUUGUAAUUUAUAGAGUCCUUAAUAAUUUUUUUGAUAUAAUAGCUUAGUCAAGCGGCCUACUACAGUGUUGAUGAAAUAUAUGUCUAGGCCAUGUGCAUGAAGAGGAAAUGAAUCAAUUUUAUAUUAAUUAAAAGCAAGAAAAGUAUAAAAACCUGACGACCACGUCGCUGAUGCGAUACCAGUGGGAAUUCUCCAAGUAUCUAAGUAAGUAAGUAUCCAAGCUUUUUAAAACAUUUUGUUGUUUAAUUUUGUACAAGAUGAAACUAAAUAGGCACAAUUAAGUCAUUCUAUUUUAUUCAGAGUUUUAUCCAUGAUUGCCAUUUAUGAUUAGGAAUGUGAUUUUUUUAUUCAUAAAUUAUG